CAUGUAUGGAUGUAAAAAAAAAAAAAAAAGUCGCCAUUAAAACGAAACCCAAAAAGAAAAAAAACUGUACCUUCUUCCCAGUUCCCCACCCUUGUUAAUAAUUACUAAUAUUUCUCUCUCUCUCUCAAUCUCAGAAAGCCUUUUGAUUUCUUCUUAAAAUCUCUUCUUUUCUCUCUCUUUUUCUCAGUCUCCCGUUAGACCCGGUCUAUCCAUCUAUAUCUUAUUUAUCCAACCCAUAUUUCAUCUCGUCUUUUUUAUUUUUUUUUGGGAACCAAAUCUAUCUUUAGGGUUUUAAUUCAAUCAUUCAUUGUUAUUUCACAAAGGAAUGACGACUACUAAAAAAAACAUGUUACCUCCUGGUUUGGUUAACAAUCUCCAGGAAGUUCUUCUUAGCAGAAAAGGCGGAAACUCCAACACCAAUAACGAUGAACAACAACAAAAACCCGACGCCAUUACUGAUUCUACUGAGACAUCUACUUCUGCUUCUGAUGAAAACGACAACUCCAAGCCUGUCGUUUUGGUUACCAACGGUGAAGGGAUUGAUUCACUUGGCCUUGUUUAUCUUGUUCAAGCUUUGGUCCGUUCUGGCCUCUACAAUGUCCAUGUUUGCGCCCCUCAAUCGGACAAAUCUGUGUCUGGUCAUUCCGUGACUGUCCGAGAAACAAUUACUGUUACUCCGGCAGAAAUCGAUGGUGCCACUGCUUAUGAAGUUUCAGGGACUCCUGUAGAUUGUGUAUCCUUAGCAUUGUCUGGGGCAUUGUUCUCAUGGUCUAAGCCCCUGCUGGUAAUUAGUGGAAUUAACCGGGGAUCAAGCUGUGGUCAUCACAUGUUUUACUCGGGUGUUGUGGCUGGAGCUAGAGAAGCACUAAUGUCUGGUGUACCAUCUUUGUCAAUAUCACUGAACUGGAAGAGGGAAGAAAGCCAAGAAAGUGAUUUUAAGGAUGCGGUUGCUGUUUGUUUACCUUUAAUAACCGCAGCCAUCAGAGAUAUCGAAAAGGGUGUUUUCCCCAAAAGUUGUUUUCUAAGUAUAGAAAUUCCUACUUCUCCUUCAGCAAACAAGGGUUUUAAAUUGACCAAGCAAAGUAUGUGGAGAUCCGCACCAAAUUGGCUUGCUGUUUCAGCUAAUCGGCAUCCUUCUUCUGCUGCUCAUUUCAUGUCUAAUCAACAAAGCCUUGGGCUCCAACUUGCACAGCUUAGUCGAGAUGCAUCUGCUGCUGGUGCUGCUCGCCGCAUAUCUGCGCAAAGGCAGAAUGUGGAAGUAGAGUCGGUUGGGGCUAUUAAAUCAGAUACAAAUAAAGUGAAAAAGUACUUUCGACUGGAGUUUAUAAAUAAAGAACAGGAAGAAGCAGAAGAGUAUUUGGAUUUCAAGGCCCUUGACAACGGAUUUGUUGCAGUAACUCCCUUCUCACUUUGUCCACAAAUCGAGGUGGACAUUCAAACCGCCGCAUCAGAUUGGAUCUCCAGUGCACUUCAGGUGGAGCAAUAGAACCCUGGGAAGACCAACAAAAAAAAUCUUAAAUCAAUCAAUUUGUAUACAACCGCAGGAGGCAUUACAUUUAGUCAUCAAUUGAGUUUGUGCUUCUAUUAAUUUCCAUUGAAAUGCUUGUUCUGUAUUUUCCCUGUUCAUUUUUUCUUCUAGGGGUUCCCAAAAUAUCAUUAACUCGGGUGUCUGUCUUUUGUUCUAGCUGUUUGUUGAUACAAGGAAAUAGCAUGGUCUAAAUUAAAUAUGACCAUGUUCUUUCUGCAAAUUCUUCAUGUUGUUGUUGUGGGGGCUUUUCAUGUAAUAUGGUCUUUUGAUUUGUUGCAAAUUUAUGUGAAUGUUUCUAGGCCUAAA